GAAAUACAGGUUAAAGUUGCUACAAAAUGGACCUCAGUUCGUUCCAAGAUAAUUCACAAAAUUUUACCCUAAAAUCUGUGGUACCAGAAGUAACGUUAAAUGAACCAUGUUGUGUUGGCAUCGAUGAAGCAGGAAGAGGACCUGUCCUAGGGCCGAUGGUUUACGGAAUCUGUUAUUUUCCUCUGACAAAAUCUGAAAAAGUGAAAAAUCUUGGAGUUGCAGAUUCUAAAACACUUACAGAGGAACAGCGCGAGGAUCUGUUUAAAAUCAUUGAUGAGAACAAGGAGUUCAUUGGUUGGGCAAUUGACAUCUUAUCACCUAAUUACCUGUCUAACAGUAUGCUGAGAAGAACAAAAUACAGCCUGAAUGAAAUAUCUCAUGACACAGCCAUUGGACUAAUAAACCUUCUUCUCUCAAGUGGCAUUAAUGUCCAUGAGAUUUAUGUCGACACUGUGGGAGUAGCAGACAAAUACCAAGACAAACUUCAAAAGAUUUUUCCUGGAAUCAAGAUAACUGUGGCUCCUAAGGCUGAUGCUAAGUUCCCUGUGGUUAGUGCUGCAAGUAUCUGUGCAAAGGUUGCCAGAGACAGAAUAUUGAAAGAAUGGAAAUUUCCUGAGAACAUUGAAUUUGGUAAUGAACAUGGUUCUGGUUAUCCUUCAGAUCCUACCACCAAGAAGUGGUUAUCUGAUUCAGUUGACAAGGUCUUUGGCUUUCCUCAACUGGUGCGAUUCAGUUGGUCAACAUGUAAUAAUAUUUUGGAUAACAAAGCUGUUGACGUACAUUGGGAUGAUGAUGGCAGUGAUGAGGAUUCCCCACCACCAGGGACUGCUUCAAUAACUUCUUUUUUUGCUCCCAAAAAGGAUUCAGUUUACCAAAGACACCAGUUCUUCCGAGACCGUCAUCUAGAACCUGUGAAUAGUUUCUAGAGAAGAAAACUGUUGAAAAUAGCCACCAUAGUUCUUGUGCUUUUCUUUGAUUAAGUUGUUCCUUUUCUAAGAUUGCUUUAGAACUCCUUAUAAACUACGCGAGAAAAAAAUUUACUACCUCUCACACUUUUAUUCAAUAAAGUUACAGUAUGAGAAUGUUUCAAGUGAUCUCUUCUCUUACAGUAACAUGCUGAAGAGGUUUGCGUAACAUUCAGUAAAGAGUUCCAUCCUACUCAGGUUAAGUAAUAUGAAGUAAAAAUAUCAAAAUAUUCUCACUAUAAAAUUAACUCUAUAACCUCUCAUUAUUUCAUAAUAAUUUCAUUCCUAAACUUUUCUAUCAAUUUUUUCUUCAUGGGAAAACAGGUAAAAAUAUAUGUGCUACAAUCAAACCCCAGUUAAGUUUUUAUGGCAGAAGCUUUCUAUUUAAAAAUAUGUAAAAAUAUUUCAAUAUUUUUUCCAAGGAAAACUAGUAGAUAUAUAUUUUAAAAACUAAACAAGUGCUUUUCUUGAGGCCCCAUUAAAAGUCGAGUUUAACUCUUAACCUCUGCGAGCGACUUGCACCUAAUUUCUCCUUACAAUAUCAUCUCUAAAUCAUACAUUAAGGUCA